AUGUUUACCAUUUUAGCGAGAACAAUUGUCGUCCUGCAAACAAUUGGUCAACCAGUGUUGCUCUUCGAGGAAAGUAGCAGAGGGUCUAAAGGUAAUUACAAAGACACUGGACACCAUGUUAACUAUAAGAAUGUCGGAAGAUUAGUUAUUACAAAUAAUGUCGUCAUAUAUCGUUUUCUGCAGAGAGAACUAGACAUGCUUCAUAAAAGAAGAACUGAACUGGAGGACCAACUCAAAGCCGAGAGUUUUGAAAGUCUACAAUCUGAGAUUAUGCAACUUGAGAUAGCUUUACAGGUUGUAGAAGACAAUGGCCGAAUUGACCUUCAGGAAAAGUUAAAGAAUUUACAGAGGGAGCUGAUAGAGAAGGGAGAACAACUUCAAGAGUUGAAAGAUCAAGCAAAAGUUGUUGGUUUGGCAAUACAGGGAAAUAAUGAUGAGUUGCAAGACGCCCGUAAAGAGUUCAUCGAUGGAUUGAAGACGUAUCCUUGUUCUACCUACGACAUAGACAUCAAGACAAUGGGCGAGCUAGAUUUGAUGCCUUUUUGUGUUGGGUGUAAUUCUACUAAAAGAGCCAGGAAGAAUAAUACUCUGAUGAAUGCAAUCGAUUUCUGGUUGGAAUGCAAGUAUCUAGUUGAGGAUCAAGGCUGGCAUCCUUUUACUGAGAUUAUUGAUGAAGAAGAUGAGAAGAUUGUUAGGUUGAAGGCGGAGUGCAGUAAGGAACAAUAUCAUGCUGUUGUGACAGCACUAAACGAGAGAAACCAGUACAACUCAUCUGAUUGUAUGCAAGAGAUAUGGAAUUUCAAAGAGCAAAGGAAAGCGAGUUUGAAAGAAUGCAUAGACUACAUUCUCAAAGAAUGCAUGGAAGAUUAA